GAAGCAGAUGCCCUAUAAUGCCAUGCCAUGCCAUGAUUUCAUCCUUAGCACCUUUUCGGAAUCCAUUGCUCAUCCUCCCAACUAGUUUCUUCCUUCUUGCAGCAGCUCAAGAGGGUACCCGCAAUGUCAGCGUGGGCGAUGUUCUCCAUGCCGACGAUCGAAACCUUACAUGGCAAUCACCAUCCGGUGUUUUUGAAUUUGGGUUUCGCCGUGUUCCAGACCAACAAGGUCUAUUCCUUCUUGCUAUCUGGUUCGCCAACAUACCCGAUAAAACCAUAGUUUGGUCUGCAAAUGGAGACAACCCUGUAGAGGUACAAUCCAGAGUUGAGCUUACCUCCAAUGGCCUAGUGCUCACAGCUCGUUCUGGCAUGGAGCUUUGGUGGUCUAACAGCACCCAAGAUGGCACUGGAGGGGUAUCCCAUGCAGCCAUGCUGGAUACGGGAAAUUUUGUCAUCAAAGGCAGGAAUUCAAACAACAUAUGGGAGAGCUUCCAAAAUCCAACAGACACAAUCUUGCCAGGACAAGAACUAGGCCUAGACAGCAUCCUUUCAUCAGCCAUCUCCCGAACAAGCUACAAGAAGGGAAGAUUUCAGCUCCGUUUCACCUCCGAAUAUCUAGUCCUCAAUCAAAUAGAUGUCGUCACCGGAAAACCUUUCCAGUUUUACUUAAACAUCACAGAUGGUUCCAGGCUGAUCUUUAACAAAUCCGGGUAUAUCCAGAUCAGAAAAUCAAGUGGAAGUCUUGUCGACAUUGCGCCAGAGAAUACAGUCCCAAAACAAGACUCAUACUACAGGGCAACACUUGGUUUUGAUGGAGUUUUCACCCUGUAUUCUCACUCCAAGACCUCCUAUAGAGGUGCAACGUGGGCAUCCUGGUGGUAUAGACCUAAUAAUCCAGAUAUCUGCUCCAGCUUUGUGAGAACAGAUCGACGGGAAGAUCCACGGGGAAGUGGGCCUUGUGGGUACAACAGCAUCUGUCAACCUAACCAGGAUGGGAGGGCGACAUGUCGGUGCCCAUACGGAUUUUCUGUACUGGAUGCUGAGAAUCCACUUUUUGGAUGCAGGCCCAACUACCAGAGCAAGCCAGAAGACUGUAACGGGGAAGGCCCCACUAUUGGGGUUGAUCGUUUUGAGUUCAAUACAAUGCAAUUUGCAGAUUGGCCCUUGAGUGACUACGAAAUCCUGCAACCUGUAAAUGAGACAGAAUGCAGUAUCGCUUGCCUUAUUGACUGUAAUUGUGUCGUAGCCAUCCUGGAGGCUCCGGAGCUGAACAAUGGCACUGGACGCUGCUGGAAGAAGCAACUGCCGCUUUCAAAUGGGUGGUUCAAUCAAGAACAAAUUAACAGAAAAGUAUUUAUCAAGGUACUGAAAUUAGGUGAAUCUCCCAACCCAAAUCCAAGCAAAAAAAGGCAGAAUCAAGUCAUUCUCAUUCUCUCCGUCCUCUUAGGCACAUCAGCAUUUUUCAACUUUUUUACUUUGGCUGUGAUUUCCCUGUUUCUGUUCUGUUUCUACCAAAGAAAGCUUAAGGAUCUGAACAGGGUCAACAGGAAAGGAAAGAUUGAGACGAAUUUGCAUUCCUUCACAUACAAAGAACUCGAAGAUGCCACAAAUGGAUUUAAGGAAGAGCUGGGAAAGGGUUCUUUUGGAACUGUUUAUAAAGGAGAACUGUCUAGGAAUUAUGUUGCCGUGAAGAAACUAGACAAGGUUGUUCAGGAAGGGGAAAAAGAGUUCAAGACAGAAGUGGAUGUGAUUGGACAAACUCACCACCGGAAUUUGGUUAGAUUGCUUGGAUAUUGUGAUGAGGCUGAGCACCGGCUUCUUGUGUAUGAGUUGAUGCAGAACGGAUCUCUGGCCAGCUUCUUGUUCGGAGUUCUCAGGCCUAGUUGGCAACAGAGACUGCGGAUUGCAUCUGGAAUUGCAAGAGGACUAACAUAUCUGCAUGAAGAAUGCAGCACUCAGAUCAUUCACUGUGACAUAAAACCUCAGAAUAUUCUCUUGGAUGACUCUUUUAUAGCAAAAAUCUCAGAUUUUGGAUUGGCAAAACUUCUGAUUAACAGCAAGAGUCAUACCCUGACAGGCAUCCGGGGGACUAAAGGGUAUGUUGCGCCAGAGUGGUUCAAGAGUACUCCUGUCACGGUGAAGGUAGAUGUUUAUAGUUUUGGAGUAGUUUUGUUGGAGAUCAUCUGUUGCAGAAGAUGUGUCAGAUUUGAGAUGGAGGAGGCAGUGAUGCUGACAGAAUGGGCAUAUGAAUGCUACAGCGAAGGGGAUCUGGGAAAGUUGGUGGAAAAUGACGAAGAAGCAAGAAAAGAUAUGGAGAGGGUGGAGAUGCUGGUGAAGGUGGCAAUGUGGUGUGUGCAGGAUGAGCCAUCACAGAGGCCUAACAUGAGAACGGUCACCAUGAUGCUUGAAGGUGUUGUCCUGGUUCCUGUUCCUCCAUGCCCCUUUCCAUUCAGCUUCACGCGUCAAGAUUCAUCCAACAAAGAUAUCUUUGAUUCAUCCAAGUUCAUUCGCUCAAGGUAGAAUGAAUUUCUUUGAUUAUU